AUGAUCUGUGGUUCGAACGCCACUGUUGAUGGAUUACAUACACAAAUAAUUAAUGUGGGUGAUACUCAUACCACAAAAUGCAACAGUCAUAGUGAAAGCAUGAAGGAGACUCUUUCACUGUCAGCGGUCAGUCAACUCAAUAACUCACAUAGCGUCCUGGAUGGCCGUUCCCUGAGUUUCGCGCCAGACGAAAUAGAAACUUCAAGGGUCAAUCUUAUACCUAGUGAAAGUUGCAGUGUUAUAAUGAAGCACUCGGGAGAAAAAUUAAACUCUUCAGAAAGUACCGAACUAUUGAAACGCCUAGACAGAGUAGUAAAAAGACUUGAAAAGUUUGUUUCGUUGGAUCCAACGGCUGACGAUGACUAUGGGAUCACGCUUUUCCAAAAUAUAAUUUCGGAUCAGCUCUCUGAAUAUGUAAAGGUUAGCGGCGAAAUCGGGGAUCUGGUAACCGAACAGGGAAAUCUCGUUCGAGAUGCCUUUAUGCUCACGGAAAAGCUUAUGAAAAUGGCCCGAAAUUACUCGAAACCCCCACCUGGGGAUCUGGCAAAAAUUAUGCAACCACUUUCAUAUAAACUGUUUGAAAUUAAUGAACUAUCUUGCCAAAAUCGCUCGCAUCCUCUCUAUCGUCAGCUAGUUACGGUUUCUGACUCUGCCUCUAUAUUGGCAUGGGUCAGCAUGCCAAGCGCAAAGGUUUUCGUUCGAGACGUGGAAAAUGCUGCACUGGUCUCGGCGAACACGUCAAUCCAGCAGUAUCGUUCCAGCAACCCUCUAUACGUCAGUUGGAUCCGGUCGUGGUUACGGUGUGUUACUGCGGUGCGGAAUCUAGUUGAAACCUACUACGCUGUUGGCCUAGUCUGGCGUCCGCCUGGAGGCCCCAAACCAUCCAUUCCAGCUUGGACUCCCCCGACCUCCACUACGUCACCUCCCGUUCAUGAACCCCAAAACCCAAUUACACCCAUGUGUUUUGUCACCAAGGAGCGUACCGCCAGUCACUGA